AUGGUACCCAUUGUUCUCAUGGGUCCAUCUGGUUGUGGUAAAUCGACUAUCGCCUUUCUUUUACAAAGCAAACUCCAUUGCACUUUCAUUGAGGGUGAUGUUCUUCAUCCUAAUCAUAACAUCUCUAAAAUGUCCUCUGGUGUGCCUUUAACCGACGAAGACCGGCUACCGUGGCUAGAACGUAUCCACUCUGCAAUUACAGAAGCCAGACUGUAUUCACAGUCCACUCCUGUUAUCGUCACUUGCUCUGCACUGAAACGACAAUAUCGAGAGGUGCUUACUCGUCCACCGAACACGGAUAUUCUCUUCAUAUUUCUUGAGGCACCACGAGACGUUCUGGAAGCACGGGUUUGUCAGCGAGAAGGUCAUUUCCUCCCGCCAAGUAUUGUUCAGAGUCAGUUGGAAACCCUGGAAGUACCGAGUGUGGGGAUGGAGAGCUUUUUAACGGUCGAUGCGACCCUUCAGCCUGGUGAAAUAGUUGCAAAGAUAUUGGGGAAAUUGGGGCUCACUCAAUAG